AUGGCUCCUUCCGAUCGCCCCAUGGAGCCCGAUGGCCGUCGCAGUCGCCUCGAAGAAGCUAUCACCAACCCGGGCGCAGUCAAAAUCAACGUUACGGGCGCAUUUAUCGUCGACGACGACGAGCCUCGGUCCCGCAGCCCCAUCGAAACCGACGGCGUGCAUUACGAAAACAAAGACAUUCGAUUGCCUCACCAUACAGGCGUUGUGAGCCAUGUGGCUGUUGAUAUCGGUGGAUCGCUAGUCAAACUAGUUUACUUUACUCGAGAGUUGGAUGUGGCAGACAAUGGGGGGCGAUUGAACUUCAUCAACUUCGAAACUCACCGGAUCGACAUUUGCAUCAACUUCAUUCGACAAUUGAAGGAGGAACAUGAAAAGCGUAAUGGUCCGGCCCGGGACGAGUUAUGUGUCGUUGCGACAGGAGGUGGUGCCUACAAGUUCUACGACAAGCUGAAGGAGGCUCUCAAUGUGAACAUUCUCCGGGAAGAGGAAAUGGAAUGCUUGAUUAUUGGUGAGCUGCGAUUCCCCUUUGAUUAUGAAAUGUCGACAGAUGGCGCGAUGCAGAAACAAAAAGCAAAAGCUAACUCAUCCCCAGGUUUGGAUUUCUUCAUCACCGAAAUCCCCAAUGAAGUAUUCACUUAUAGUGACACCGACACCGAACCAAUGCAGUUUGCCGAGGCCCGACCGGACGUGUACCCUUAUCUCCUGGUCAAUAUAGGGUCUGGUGUUUCCAUGAUCAAGGUUUCCGGACCAAGACAAUUCGAGCGUGUGGGAGGUACUCAUCUGGGUGGUGGCACAUUUUGGGGGAUCAUGUCUUUAUUAACUGGUGCUCGAACCUUCGACGACAUGCUGGCCAUGGCGGACGUUGGUGACAACAGUGGAGUGGACAUGUUAGUGGGAGAUAUAUAUGGAAUGGAUUACAGCAAAAUCGGCCUCAAGAGCACAGCUAUUGCUAGCACCUUUGGAAAGGUAUUCCGACUGAAGAAUGCUGCAGAGAACGGGGCUGAAGACGGGGAAGGUUUGAUUCGUGACGACGAUGAACACACGAAUGGUGGUGUUAACUUCCGCCAUGAAGACAUGAGUCGAAGUCUUCUAUAUGCCAUCAGUAACAAUAUCGGGCAAAUUGCUUAUUUACAAUCAGAAAAGCACCAAGUCAAACACAUUUACUUUGGUGGCUCUUUCAUCCGCGGCCACAGGCAGACAAUGAACACCCUCUCCUACGCUAUUAAAUUUUGGUCGAAGGGGGAGAAGCAGGCAUACUUUCUGCGCCACGAGGGUUACCUCGGCGCUGUCGGCGCCUUCAUUCGUCGACAACCUCAAAAUUGGGGUCGACGAAACAGCGUCGACGACGUGACGACACCGCAGGCGGUUAAGAAUGUCGUCAACAGCGUUUUAAAUGAACAGAACGGUUCAGAAAGCACAUGA